UCUAAAAUGGUUGUAUUUCGUGUUGUCUUUAUUUAUCAAUAAAACCUUAACGGAUAAGUGUAAAUGAAGAAAUUUAUUGAAAAAGGAUUCUAAAGAGAAUUGUUCCAAAUCUUAUAUCUAUCGAUAUUAUAACACGUCAACAAAAAUCUGUAGCUUGCACCGUUAUCUAUCUCGUCUAUAUUAGUUUUCAAUAAUUUUGCUACGAAACUUACAAAUAAGUGAAAUCUUUAAACGAAAUGCUAUUCUAGUUGCAGUUUUAUAUACUAUUCACCCUUAAAAUGUUUUAAUAAUUAAUUCAACAUUAUUUGUGAAUUAAUUUUCACAUAACUUUCACACGAAUUUGGAUACAAACAUACGUUCAUGUAUAGCAAUUACAAAAUGCAGGGCGAUGACCCCCCCUUCCUACCAGUGGGCACUGAAGUCAGUGCCAAAUACAAAGGUGCAUUUUGCGAGGCCAAGAUAAAAAAAGUUGUUCGCAAUAUAAAGUGCAAGGUCACAUUAAAAGCUGGUGGUAUUACAACCGUCAAUGAUGAUGUCAUCAAGGGUACAUUACGGGUUGGUAAUACAGUUGAGGUCCGGCAGGAUCCAAAGAAGGAUGCUAUUGAGGCAGUCAUUACAAAGAUACAAGACUGUAGCCAGUAUACCGUUGUAUUUGAUGAUGGUGAUAUAACUACACUGAGAAGAUCAGCAUUAUGUUUGAAGUCAGGGAGACAUUUCAAUGAAAGUGAGACAUUGGAUCAGCUGCCUCUCACACACCCUGAGCACUUCUCGACACCUGUAAUUGCUGGCCGACGAGGACGUAGGGGAAGAGCUCAGUCGUCAGAGAGCGAAAGCGAGAGCAGUGGGUCGCGGCGCGCGGCGGACAGCGAGCCGCACGUGGGCCGCGUGGUGCUGGUGGAGGCAGCGGGCGCGGGAGAGCGGCGCCGCCCCCACCAGCCCGCCUUCCCCGCCCUCGUCGUCGCACCCACACCCGCCAUCAAGGUGAAGGAGGACUACCUGGUGCGCUCCUUCAAGGAUGGAAGAUAUUACACAGUGCCCAAGAAGGAAGCCCGUGAGUUUCGUCGCGGCUCGGCGCCGCUGGAGUGGUGCGGCGUAGACGCGGCACUGCAGUACCUUAACAACGGCGUGCUGCCGCCACACUGGGACCGCGACUCUAUAUUCAACGAGCCGAGGAACACUUCUGACGAUAGCUCCGACGACGAGCCUCGCGAGGAGAAGGACCACUUCGUGGCGCAGCUGUACAAGUUCAUGGACGACCGCGGCACGCCGCUCAACCGCAACCCCACUAUCGCCAAUAAGGACAUCGACCUGUACAGACUGUUCCGAGUUGUUCAGAAAAAUGGUGGCUACAACAGAGUCACAAACCAGAAUCAAUGGAAGACAAUAGCGGACAAAAUGGGCUUCCAUCCGGUCACAACCAGUAUUACCAACCUGUGCAAACAAGCAUACAAAAAGUUCCUACAUAGUUUCGAGGACUUCUACCGCAAGUUGGGCGUGACGCUGGUGGCGCACCCGCGCGGCGCCCGCACGCCGCCCGCCGGCCGCUCGCUCAUACGCGACCGCGACCGCCAACCGCCCGCCGCUUCACCGCAGCCCACGACGCCGCAGACAUCGCAGCCUGUUCAGAGAACAAAAGACAAAGAGUCUGACAAGAGCGAGACGGACAAGAGUGAGAAAGAAGAGAAGAUAGAGAAGACGAAGGAGAAGAUUCGCGCCAGUGACGAGGACGACAGCGCUGACAACCAGCCGCUUCUGCCCACACCCACACCCAAGGUGGAAAAGGAAAAAGAAAAAGAGAAGGAAAAAGAAAAAGAGAAGGAAAAAGAAAAAGAGAAGGAAAAAGAAAAAGAGAAGGAAAAAGAAAAGGAGAAAGAAAAACCCAGCGUCGAGGAGAAGGUUCCAAGUAAACCUCGAUCCCAGUCCAAAACACGCAGCCUUCCGCCCUUCAAAACUGAACCUCUCGAGAAACGAACGCCCAAGAGAAAAGUUAUUUCGUCUAAAUUGAGCGACACGGCGAGUGUGGGCAGCGCCCGCGCGUCUCGGCGACCUCACGUCUCUACCGACAGUGACAGCUCGGGAAGGGCCUCGAGAUGUGGGGUGACAAAGAAGAUGCAAAGCCGGCGCAGUCAGAGCGCCAACUCGGCCAGCAGCGGCAACACCAUCGCCUCCAACAGCAGCAAAAGACCGCGCAAACGGAAAUCCACAGAGCCGUCCACGAGCGAGCCGACGCGGUCAGGUGGCGCGGCGGUGAAAGCGCAGGUCGGCGACAAGCUCAAAGUGUACUACGGCCCCACGCAGUCAGAGUCCAAGGUAAAAGUGACGUACGAGGCGAAAGUGAUUGAGAUAUCGCCGGCGGGCGUGCUGCGAGUUCACUACACUGGGUGGAACACGCGCUACGACGAGUGGAUCAAGCCGCAACGUAUCGCGCUCAACGUCACACAGCAUGAGGCUAGAAAUAAGAAGGGCACAAAUCUUAACCGGCGGGCUAGAAGUAAGAGGAAUGAAAGAACAGAAGAAUCAUCAGCUCGCUCAGAUUCAGACAGCUCAGACUCUGACGUCAAUGAUAAGAGGCCGGCCAAGAAGUUGGAUGAUAAAAGUACUGUCAAAACACCGACAAGAUCGAAGGAAAGUAAACCGAACGAUGGCAACAACUCUAGUAAGGCGAGGAAAAGACCAGUCCGGACGAUUUCAACACCACCGACUACAUCCAGUCUCCCUAAAAAGCCCCGCGUCGGUGACACUACGCCCAAAGGUCGAGACUACGAUCUCAACGAAAUUAGAUCAGAACUGAAGGGUCUUCAAACGGUCAAGCAGGAAUCGGAGGAAAACGUAAAGACGGAGGCUCCUCAGGAGGAACCUGUGACUAGUCCGACUCCGGCGACUACCGCGCCCGAACCGCAGCCCUCGGUCUCCGUGGAAAAACAAGCCGAAGACGUUUACGAAUUUAAGGAGCCCGAGCCCUUCGAGCUCGAACUUCACGACGAGAAAAAGAAGAGAUCCCAUCGCAUAUUCGACGACAUCUCCCCCAGCAAAUACACCUCGACGUUAUCCAAGUCUUUGAGCGAAGAGAUUUCAGACGACGCCAUACGACGACCGACUUCGUUUAGAUCCCCGUCCCUGUCGCCCUUCCGGGAGUUCGGAGCGAGAGACGCACCCGAGAGGCAGAGCCCCGACGAUAAUUCUAAGGACGGCCUGUUCUCCUUGGACGACGACUCGAUGCCCGGGGAGGGCAGCUCGGGGCCCAUAUUCGAGGGAUUUACUCCUGCCAAGAACCAGGAAACUUACUCGAAGAAGAGCAAAGUCAGUAAACUGAGAGAACUCAUCGACGACUCCCCCGACAGCCCCGCCGACGACGAGCAGUCGUCGGAGGACGAUUCAGAUGAAGUGCUAAAAGUGGAACCGCGCGAGCCGACUCCGGAGCCGCCACCGAAGGAGGCUAUUAAAACACCCGAACCGAUCAAGGAGGAAGACAACGAUGCCGACGACGACGACGAUGACGACGACGACAAGGAGACCGACACGUCGAAGGCCGUCAACGACGCCAUUUUGUCUCUGAAGGACAUCCCCGCUAUUGAGACUGUACCCGAGCCUCCUAAAACUCCCCCGCCUCCUCCCAAAGAAACGCCUCCCACGAAUGUGCAACCUGCGAUAGAAACUCAAACUGAAAGUAAAGAAAUCAAGGUCGAAGCCAAAGUGACCGCUACCCCGCUUCCGACUACCGAAUCUAAACCAAAACUAGAGAAAUUGGAUCCCGUCCCGGUUAUAUCCAAAUUAGAACCUCCUUCGAGUCCUCUGAUAGAUACGGAGGAAGACAAGUCCGAACCCGACAGCCCCGCGAGAAUCGACGUGCUACCUGUGCCCCCGCCAGGGUUCCUUUUGCAAUCUGAAGGUCCGAAAAUUGCUGAAAAGUUAUUAAAAGCGAUCAACAGCGCAAAAAUACUGUCCAUGUCUCCCACUCCCACUGACGAGAAACCGGAGAGUCCUAAGGAGGAAAGUAAGAAAGUCGAGGAGCCGCCGCCAGCUAACAGCGACCCGCCGGCGCCACCGAAACCCGAUCUCCUCAAGCCCGUUACCAAACUCGAGGCCGUUAAGAGACUGAGUCCGGCAGAAGUUCGGGAGUCCAUAUUCGGCGAGCCUUCCAAGAUAAGCGAUAUGAAACACGAGCUGGCCGAUAUCAAGAAGGUCAAACCGAAGGAGCCGUCGCCGCCUAGGUUGCAGAGCCCCCUCAGUAUAUUAGAGAGGAGGAAGAGCGUUGCGGAAUUGCAGCUGCCCGCACCCGGAAAGAAUAAAGUCCUCAGUGACACGAUACAGAAACUGUCCAGCCAAAUUAACCAGUCGGUGGCCGCGGCGACCAUCCCCAUACCGCCCUUCCCCGCCGUCGACCGCAGCGACUCCAGCGACUCUGACGACUCGGAUCAAAGGUUGAUAAUCGACAAGCUGUCGGAGGAGUGGAGCGGCGGUAGCGCCGGCAGCGGGCGGCUGGCGGCGCGCGCACGCACGCUGCACGUGCACGCCAGCAAGUCGCCCGGCGAGUGGAGCGCGGGCGAGUCUCUGCUCAUGCUUGAAGACGCCUGCAAGAAUGAGCGUAAACACAGCGCGAGCGUGGUAGUAGCGGGCGGGACGCGCGGGGCGGGGGGCGGUGCCGGAGGGGCGGGGGAGGAUGACAACCUGUCGCUGUUGCUGUGCGAGGAGACCAUCCCCGGCUCGCCCGCGCCCGACGACCCGCCGCCCCGACAUCACCUGCCCUUUGCUUGCGCGCCGCCGCAUCAUGCCGCCAAGGGCGAGGAGCGUCACGGCGCGGGUGCAACUGCUGGAGCAGGCGGCGCGGCGGGGCGCGAGGCGGGCGCGACGGAGAGUGCGCGGGGGGAGGGUUGGCGGCGCCGCGCGGACCGCACCCCGCCCACCGCCUCCACCACGCCCGACAGCAGCCUCGACCUGUCACCGCACAGGGAAAGGCGUAUAUCAGAGCGAGACAGUCCGUCAGAGAGAAAAGAGGAUGAAGAUGAUAGUAACAUACAAGACCCUGUUGGGCAUGUGGGCGGCCGAUCACGCAAGGCAUCGGAGUCGGGCGCGGGACGCACACGCGGGCGCCGGCGCCGCGACACGGACGAGCCCGCCCCCGCCACGCCGCAGUCGCCCGCCGCUGCGCCCGCACCGCUCAAGUACAACUUCUACGUCGAACUGGAUCCAUCGUGGGAUAGUGUGACUCGAAUAAAGAUAUUGACAAACCAAAUGGCGGCCCUGCGCAAGACAUACAGCUCCGUGCGAGCGGAACUGGUCGCUAUCGACAGACGCCGCAAGAAACUGCGCCGCAAAGAAAGAGAAGCUAUCAAAGCAGCCAAGGCGUCAUGUGCGUGAUGAAGCAAUGAAAUCUAAUUGUAAAGCAAGACUUUAUAGUUGUCGAGAUUUUAUUCGUUUUAGAAUAAAUUUUUUAUCUUUUUAUAGAGAUAAAUGUUGAAAGGUAUUAAGAGGAAAUAUAAAUGUAAUAUUAUUUUAUAUUAUUUAAGAUCAAACAAAUAGUUUAUAUUGUUUUAAUUGUUAAUAAAACUGGUCACUGGACGACGGCGGUUAAUAGCAAUAAUCAAGCCGUUGAUAGAAUGUUUGAUAUUUUGGCUGCUUGCAAUAUCGUAAACUUAUCUCUCAUUAAAAAGGAAGCAAACACAAGAAAUUAUAUAUUAUAUCCAUAAUAUAUUGGUUACAACUUACAACCGUUUUGAAUCUGAUAGCAGCUGGACUAAAUGUGUAAAUUAAAUGCUGUAAAGAUCUUUUACUCUUAAUCAAUGUUACAUUGAUUAAUAAAAUGUCUUAUAAACUAA